AUGGGAAGAAAUUAUGAUAUUAUAAGUACAUAUUGUAAAGGUAUAUAUUCAGUGGGUCCAGGUAAUUUUUGGUUCGUUGAGGGCGAAAAAUUAGGUGACGACAGGAGGUGGCCUUACAGACUAUAUACAUUUAUUUUGAUAGCACUGUAUCUUAUGCUGACAAUAUUGGAGAUUCUUGCCGUAUUUUUCGGUGACUUCCCAGAAAAAGAAGGCGGUGAUGCAUUUACGCUCGCUGUUACUCAUGUUAUUGUGAUGAUGAAAAUAUUUACAGUAAUCUCGAAUAAAGAGAUAAUUAGAAAUAUAAAUAAAAAUAUGAUUGAACAUUGUAAGAAAUAUGAAAAACCGCUUGUCAUGGAAAAUAUGUAUAGGACGGUGAAGAUAAAUGUGACGGUAUAUGUACUUAUUGUAUUCGUAUCGUUGGCUUGCUUUAUUAUUGAAGCUAUUAAGAAAUCAUUUGAAGGUUCAAAUUUCUCUACAGUUACUACCUACUACCCAUCUUAUUACGAUACUUCUCUAACUGCUAAUGUUUUUGGAUUUUUUCUUACGUUAGUAGUAAUAAUGAUGAUGUUAACGAUGGUCAUAUCAGUGGACUCUUAUACUAUGACUAAUCUUAUAAUGUUAAAAUAUAAGUUUAUUACAUUGCGAGGCUAUUUUGAGAAAUUAUGGGAUAAAUUUGAUAAAACGAGUAAUAGCGGGAAUUUAUAUAAAGCAGCAGAGAAUUUAACUAACGGAUUUUUAGAAGGAAUUAUAAUGCAUAAUCAGCUUUUAAAGCUAGUCCAAGAUGUACAUGCAGCAUUUGGAAUGGUAUUAGCUUCACAACUAAUGCUAAGUACUGGUUCCGCUGUGUUUAUUUUGCUACAGAUUGCCCUUUCUAAGCAGAUCACAAUAAUUAAUGUUACGAAACUUGCAUUGUUUUUUGCAGCUGUAAUCAUUUUAUUGGGGCUAUUUUUAUGCAACGCCGGUGAAAUUACUUAUCAGGCAUCGCAAUUAUCAAAUGCAAUAUUCUACUGCGGCUGGCACCUGUGUCCAAUCCUACCACCACCACAUCGUAACCUGCGCCAAUUGGUAUUGCAUGCUUGUACUCAGGCUCAAUGCCCUCCAGUUAUGAAAGCAUUUAAAAUGAUAGAGCUUACGUACGCAACUUUCAUACAGGUACUGCGAGGAUCAUAUUCAUUAUUUGCUUUGAUUUACACACGAAAUAAAUAA